UACAAUCCACUCCUACAAUUCUCUUAUGCCAGCUCUAUUUAACUCUAGUUCUUCUCUUCUCCUCCUCAUCCACCCGGCCGCCACCCUUCUCCGCCGCGGCCGACAUUAAUCAUGGUGAAGUUCUCAAAGGAGCUGGAAGCUCAGCUCAUCCCAGAAUGGAAAGACGCUUUUGUCAAUUACUGGCUACUCAAGAAACACGUCAAAAAGAUUAAGCUUUCUAGAAAACCCAAGCAUCAUCAUCUACCCGAUACCAAUUACGAUUUCGGGCGAUCCAUUUUCGACCCGGUUCGAGCUCUCCUCUGCAGAUUCACCGCCAGGACCAACAAUGCCGCCAAUAACCACGAAAUCAUUCAGGUGAAGAGUCGAAUUAGUACAACAGAAGACGGAGAAGACGAAGAAGUCGAAGUGUAUGAAACCGAGCUCGUUCAGCUCUUCUCCGAGGAAGAUGAGGUUACAAUGUUUGCGGAUGAUUUGAUGUCGUGCAUGAAACAACAGGUUAAGGUUUUCUUUGAGAUGCUGGAUGAUGAGCUGAACAAAGUGAACCAAUUCUACAAGAACAAAGAAAGCGAAUUCCUUGAGAGAGGAGAGAUACUCAAUAAGCAGCUUCAGAUACUACUUGAUCUCAAGCGAGUUCUCGGCGAUCGUCGCCGGAAACAUCAAGCUGCCGCGACAGGCGGCGGCUCAGGCUUCACCUCCCGCUCCACUUCCUCCGUUGGCCGCAACUCCGAUUUUUCCGAAAGCCAGAGCGAAUAUUGUGAUAGUCCAAACGAUUCACAAACAGACGAUGUCAUAGCAGCAUUGGAGAAAAAUGGAAUUAAUUUCGUUAAUUCAGCGACUAGAGCAAAGACGAAGAAGGGGAAGCCGAAGAUGGCUAUGAGAAUAGAUAUUCCGGCAACGACACCGACACGGACGAUAGCUGCCGUUACCUCGAUGCUUUGGGAGGAUUUGAUGAACAACCCUAAGAAAGGAGGAGGAGGAGAGUAUAUUAACAGGAAGAAGAUUCAGUGUGCUGAAAAGAUGAUCAGAGGGGCAUUUGUUGAACUUUAUAGAGGCCUUGGCUUGCUAAAAACAUACAGCUCCCUGAAUAUGGUGGCCUUCACAAAAAUACUCAAGAAAUUCGACAAGGUAGCAAACCAGCAGGCUUCAGCAAGUUACCUCAAAGUUGUGAAACGGUCGCAUUUUAUUAGCUCGGAUAAGGUUGUAAGACUAAUGGACGAAGUGGAGUCCUUAUUCACACAGCACUUUGCCAACAAUGACAGGAAAAAAGCUAUGAAGUUCUUGAGACCCCAACACCACAAAGAUUCUCACAUGGUUACUUUUUUAGUUGGUUUGUUCACAGGUAGUUUUGUAACGUUGUUCAGUGUGUAUGCAAUCUUGGCACAUCUAAGCGGUAUGUUCUCACCUCGGACUGAAGCUGCAUACAUGGAAACUGUCUACCCUGUUUUCAGCAUGUUUGCAUUACUGAGCUUGCACUUGUUCAUGUACGGAUGCAACAUGUUCAUGUGGAAGAGCACAAGAAUCAACUACAACUUCAUACUCGAAUUCCAACCCAGCACGGCCCUCAAGUACAGGGACGCAUUUCUCAUAUGCACCUGUUUAAUGACGGCUGUUGUUGGGGCUAUGGUAAUCCACCUUAUUCUACUCUCCACCGGAUUCUCACCACACCAAGUUGACUUGAUUCCUGGGAUUCUCUUGCUCUGUUUCUUCCUGCUUCUGAUAUGUCCGUUGAACGUCUUCUACCGCCCGACAAGGUUCUGCUUCCUCAGAGUCAUACGCAACAUUGUCUGCUCUCCAUUUUACAAGGUUUUGAUGGUUGACUUCUUCAUGGCUGAUCAACUAACCAGUCAGAUUCCAUUAUUAAGGCACAUGGAAUCAGCAGCCUGCUAUUUUCUUGCUGGGAGUUUCAAAACACACCGUUAUGAGACGUGCAAGUCAGGAAAGCUAUACAGGGAGCUUGCUUAUGUUAUCUCCUUCGCUCCCUACUACUGGCGUGCAAUGCAGUGUGCGAGGAGAUGGUUCGACGAAAGUAACAUAGACCACCUUGCUAACCUAGGAAAGUAUGUGUCGGCUAUGGUGGCAGCCGGAGCAAGGCUAACCUAUGCUAGGGAGCCGUCACAACUGUGGAUGAUCAUCGUUCUGGUGACUUCUGUCGUUGCCACAGUUUAUCAACUGUACUGGGAUUUUGUUAAAGAUUGGGGGCUUCUCAAGCCAAAGUCCAAGAAUCCUUGGCUCAGAGAUGAUCUCAUACUCAAGAACAAAGGCAUUUACUAUGCCUUGAAUUUUGUCCUGAGAGUAGCCUGGGUGGAGACUGUGAUGAGAUUCAAUAUUGGGAUGUUCGAGUCACGCUUGAUCGACUUUUUCCUUGCUUCAUUGGAGGUCAUCCGCCGUGGACACUGGAACUACUACAGACUGGAAAAUGAGCAUCUAAACAACGUUGGAAAAUUUAGAGCAGUGAAAACAGUUCCAUUGCCAUUCCGUGAGACGGACUCAGAUGGCUGAAAUUACCUUGAAGCACUUGUACAACAGUAUCAGAAAGGUUUGCUAGGAGGGGCAUGCUUGACUUUUCGCCAACCGUAGGCUUCGAGGGGUCAGAAAAUGGUCGUGGCAUGGAGGAGUCCACUGCAUAGUCAGAAGCUAUUAACAAAGAAGUGAGCCAUAAGGCUCAAUAAACCUGACCAGCUAAGAAGCUAGCAAACGGCUAAGUCUACUGUACAACCUGGGAUUAUGGAAAUUUGAUUGCAUAAAUGUAUGUUCAGCACGAAAACUUCAUAAUUUUUGUUGAUAAUCAAUCAAAUUCAUUUGACUUGUCGAUAAA